AUGUGUUUAACAACAACUCGUUAUAUUUUACAAGUUGGUAGCGAAUCAACUAUAGGAAUGGGUAAAACAAGCAUGCUACAAUUUAUCUUUCCUGAUAAACGAAUUGAAGCAUUGAAUACAGAUGGGAGCUCAACUCUUCGAAAUGGUUCUAUCGAUGUACUUUUCCCAUCAGAUUCAGCGAAUCAAAACAAUGAAUCUUAUGUUAUCUUUGACGUUCACGGAACAAUUAAUGCGUUGAAUGAAGAUAUUAUUACGUCUAUUCAAGAAUAUUGUGCACUACAAAUUUUGUAUGUGACAGAAAAAGAUCUUAAAAGUACAUUUUUAAGUUCUAUGAUGAAUUAUUCACAACAUACUCAAGCAAAACCUACACUCGUUAUCAUUUUUGAUCUAAACUAUGAUAAUAAACAUCAUCAACCAGGAAAACUAAUUGAUGCUUUUCAAUUACAAUAUAAGAAUUGGAAGUAUGUUAGAUGGGUAACAGCACCAUCUUCUACAAUAUGGUAUCAAAUUGAUAGUAAUAAGAAAAAUAAAGACUUGGCACGUUCACAACGUCUUCAAAAAUCAUUUCGUGAAAUAUGGACAAGUCUAGAUAGAGAAAUAGGACGACAAAUAUAUUGUACAUCAAUAUUUUCCAUUCAAUCUUAUUAUCUCGCAGUUAAAACUUCAAUAAAUUUCAAUCCACCAAUAAACUGCCGUUUUAAAAUUGUAAAGCAUCUCGACGAAUUAUUUGGUGAUUUAGAUGAAACAAAAGAAAAUCUUCGUAUAGUUACACCUGUCAGUUAUCUAGAUUCCGAAAUUAAACAGUGCGAAAGAGAUUUAUCGAAUAACUGGGAUGCUCCUCAAACGGCCUUACAUAAUAGAAGAGACGAUUUAAUUCGACAACGAUCAGCAAAUACAACUAUGGGUCCUCAUACUAAGUUUUUUGUUGAAUUAUUGACUAGUGAUUCAUACGUUGAAUUACUGAUAACUGAAAAAUACUUAGAAAAAUGGCGAUCACGAUUUGAACCAACAUUACAUAAACAAUUAACCGAGGCGAAAAUAGAAGCUUUGAAAUUUAGUUCAAAAAUUAAACAGUUAGAACAAGUUUUGUCAGCAGACGAGAAACCCAACCCAGUAUAUCUAUUGAAAAUAAAAGAAGAACUACGUAAUGUUCGAGCUGAAUACGAAAAACAACGUACACUUGUUACCAAAAUUAAUAAGAAAUUAAUGAAUAUUGAUUUGACUAUAGGUCUCUUUUGUGAUGAAAUCAUGGCUUUAUAUGAUCAUUUACCACGUAUAUUUAAUUCUGAAGGUCUUAUACAAAGUCUUGCCAAACAAUUAGUAAAUUUAAUGUUAAAAGGUUUUGCAAUUCAUAUAAUUCGUGGUCGUCCAUUACGUUGUGAUAGUAAAUUAAUCGAACAAUGUAUAAAAUUUAUUCCAACAACACAACAACCACCUUUAGUUUUAACAGUUAUUGGAGAACAAUCAUCUGCCAAAUCAUCAUUAAUGAAUACAACAUUUGGUUGUAAUUUUCGUGUUAGUGCUGGGCGUUGUACCAUUGGAAUGUAUAUGAGUGUUAUACGAUGGAAAUCAGAAACAAUUGUUAUUUUAGAUACAGAAGGUUUACUUUCAUUAGAAGAAGCUGGUUCAAUAUUUGAUAAUCAAAUGGUUACAAUGGCUAUGCUUUCUUCACAUCUUGUUUUAAUUAAUCAUAAAGGUGAAUUUACUUCGAAUUUGAAAGAUCUUAUUGGUAUGAGUUUCUAUGCUAAAUUACAAAUUUGUAGUCCAAUUAAACCUAAAUUACUAUUUGUUUUAAGAGAUCAAGCAGAUCUAACAUCUAAAGCAACCUUCUUUCGACAAUUGGCACAGUUGAAAGAACAAUUACAAAAUGAUAGUAAAUUUCUUAAAAUUUCGAUUGAUGAAGAACUUGAUAUUAACAAUGAAAAUGUUUAUUUAUUACCUAAUGCAUUUUCACAUGAUGUAAAUCCCAUUUCAAAUAUUCCUCAAUGUUGGAGAAAUCAAACAUUUCCUAAAGAAAUUAUUACACUACGAGACAUAAUAUUUAAUAACAUAAUAAGUACUACAAAGACACAGAAGUUUCAAUUCGUUAAGAAUCUUUCUACUCCUAUUACGGCCGCUCUUCCCGAUCCUCAAACACCUAUAAAUGAACCAGCUUAUGCAGACUUGACACAUUUGUAUGGAAAAAUCUCAAGUAAUUGGGAAGCAAUCGAUAAAUUAGGUCCUAAAUUAUUGCAAUGUAAAACCCUGUAUGAACUGUCGAUAAUGAAUGAACUUCAAGCAAUAGCUAAUGAAAUAAUUAAGACAACAAAUGUGAAUGUCUAUCGAGAUGGUGAAAACAUAAUUGAUCAAACAUUACUGAAGUUUUCAAGUAAUAAUUUUAUUGAUCAAGAUCGUGAUCAUAUUGUUGAAGAGUUUAAUCAUCAAUUAAGCUUAAUUAUUAAACGUGCUAUCGAACAAGCACAAUCUAAUUUUAAUGAUAAAACAGAAAGAAGUUGCUAUUUAUCAGAGAUAAAAUCAAAAGUGAGCAAAUCUAUUGAAUCACCCAUUUAUUCUGUAAAACAUUUACUAAAAGAAAUUUUUGAAGAACGUUUACACGAUCUAUUAAGAAGAGCUCGUAUAAAUGAUGCUCAAAAACAACUAUUGGACUCAGUACAAAAGACAUUCGAUCAAAAUAAGAGUCUUAAACUAGAUGAUUUGAAAGAUCAUCUUGAAAAGGAAUUUCAAAAUAUUAUUGAAAGAGUUCGAACAGAUCUUCAAUCAUCAUUUGAAACACCACCUUUGAUUACAGAAAAAAUUCUAAAAUUUUAUAACACCCAACUGCGUUGUAAACAAGCAGAAACAACAAGAGAAAAUAUUUACAAUUUAUUAUAUCCUUUGAAUAAAGUACAAUAUGACCAGCACAUACAAAUAUUCAUAAAUUGUUUAUCAAAGGUUAGAGAGCAGCAAAACCAGAAGGUCGAACCAAAGCCUAGCGGUAAAUGGAAAACUAUCAAAUCAUGUUUUACAGGAUCAUCAGACAAGGAUAUAGAUCUUGCAUGGAGAGUGUUAAAAGAUAAUGUCAAAUGGUUCCUAGACAAAAAAAACGACAAUAAAAAUAAAAAGCUAUUUGCAGAAAUAUGGAAAGUUGUUUUACUGAAAUUUGAAGAAGACCUUUCAACAUUGAUAUCUAAUAAAAAAUCCAUUUCAUCAGAUCCAACCACUGUGCAAAAUCUUUUUCAAUUUAUUGAAAAUGCAAUGAAUUCUCAAUCUAUAAUGAGUGCUAGCAAACGAUUAGAGAAACACAUACUCUGUGCAGAUCUAGCUUUGAUGGGACUUGAUAUUAUUAUUAAGAAAGCAAUAGAUAUGGAACAAGCGAAUUAUGAAUCAAAAUCACAAAAUUCAAUCGAUGAAAUGGAGAAACGUAAAGAAAAUUUAUUGAAACAAUGCAGUGCUAUGAAAGAUUCAUUCGAAUUAGGACAAACACUAGCUAAAACAAUUGGAGAACAGAUCAUUACUGAUAUUGGUCGUCUUCUACGACGUAGAAUUGUAAAAGACAUAAAUGAAGAUAUAGUUAAAAGUCAAUUUAUUAAUCAUGAAGCUAUACAAAAACAAGCCUAUGAAGAAAGUAUAAGUCAAGCCAAUGGUGAAAAUAUUCUUAAAUAUGUUUAUGAUAUAAAUCGUUAUUUUAUUGAUUUGAGCUUAAAAGAAAUCAAAACAACAUUACAUGCUGUAACACAUAGUCAUACAUUAAAUUUUCAACAUUUGAUUAUUUUAACUCUCAAUAAAGCGAAGGAAGUUGUUCGACAAAGUAACUAUGAAGACACAAGUAGAUUAAAAAAUGAUGUAGAGAAUGCGAUCCUUAGUUUACCUGAUUUAAAGCUAGAAAAAUCAGUUGAUGGCGCAUUAUUUAAAGUAUUCUCUUUGAAUAAUAUAAUUUCUAUGCCGAUUCAAGAUAUUGAACCAUUUAAACAGGGUUUUUCAAGUAUUUGUGACUAUUACAACGACAUUGAAAAGCGAGUUGCAGAUUUAACAAAAAAUAUAAAAGCUGAAGCAUUCGAAAGUUGUAAAGGCAGCAUCUCAAAAAGGCUUGGAUGUCAAGCUCGAUGUCCUGGAUGUGGUGCUAAAUGCAGUAAACCUGAACCUCAUGGUGAUGAAGAAGUUGAAGCCUGGCACGAUUCGUGUGAGAAAUGUUCACCAAACAAUUGUACUUGUCAACGUUCUAACUCAAGUUCUGUUAAAACUCAUGAAACUACAUAUCAUUUAGCAAGUGCAUUUCAUGGAUGGACAUACCAGGGAUCAAAGAAGCCAUGUCUUGAAUUAUGCUAUCAACAUUGGACAACAGCAGGGGUUGCUGUAUUGAAAAGUGCUCAGUCGACUGACUCAAGUGAUGAAAAGAGGGAAGAUGACGAUGAGUAUGAAUAUAUAUUUCCACGAGCUAAAUAUUUCAACACAAACUAUCCAGCCUGGUAUAAUAAUUUAAAAAAGCUAUCAACCGUAGGUGAUGGGUGUAAGGAAUCAAUUCCACCACCUGAUCAAAGACGUGCUUGGAUGGUAGUUCGUCACACUCUUGUUAAUCGUUAUAAAAACAAAAUGGUUGACAAUAAAGAAUAUGAUAAUAAAUUAUAUCCAUCGAAUGUUGAAAGUUUACCAGCAGACUUUGAACCGAACUGGAAAGAUAUAGAUUUCGCAUGA